AUGGCGCGAGAGUAUCUUUACCUGGCUUCGUCCGCCGUCCUGGGGGCCUACAUCCUCUGGACGGCCGCGGAGAAAUACCUCGCCUACAGCGACAGACCGCCAUUCUCAUCCUCCAACAACUCGGCGUCCGCCUUCUUCGCGACGCUGCUGCUGCUCCCGACGUACAUUCUCUUCAAAAAGGCGCAGUACCUCCUCAAAAUGAAGGCGCGCGGCUGCGCAGAGGCGCCGACGUACCCGCACAAGGACCCGAUCUUCGGGAGCGACUGGGUGCGGCAGUCGAUAGCGAAGCAGAACGAGCACGGCAUGCUCGAGUGGUGGGCGGAGCUGUUCGGGCAGCUGGGGAACACGUGGUGGGUCAAGACGCCGGCGACGUGGGUGCUGAUGACGGCGGAGCCGGAGAACACCAAGACGAUACUGGCGUCCGGGUUCGCGGACUGGGCGAUCACGGGGUUGAGGAAGGACGCGAUCGCGCCGAUUCUGGGGGAGGAUGCGAUCUUCGCGGCCAACGGGCAGGCUUGGCAUGACGCGAGGGCGAUGAUGAGGCCGACGUUUGUGAGGAACCAGAUUGCGGAUUUGGCGUGCUUUGAGAGGCAUGUUGGGAAUCUGAUGUCGAGGAUUCCGAAGGACGGGAAGACGGUUGAUUUGCAGAAUUUGUUGUACAUGAUGACCAUGGACUCGGCGACUGAUUUCAUGUUUGGCAACUCGACGAACAUGCUGACGACUCCAUCGGCUGAAGCCUCUGAGUUCACAGCUACGUUCGAGUACAUCAUCAUGCGCUCGGCGAUCCGGGCUCGUCUAGGUCUGUUCACCUUCCUGAACCGCGACAAGAAGUGGGACGAAGGGUUGAAGACCAUCAACCGCUUCUGCGACAACUACAUCGGGCGAGUCAAGGCCAAGAACAAAGACCCGGAGCGGGGGUACGUCUUCCUCCACGAUUUGAUGGACCAGAAGACCUCCCCUGACUACAUCCGCGCGCAGCUUCUCUCCAUGAUUCUCGCGGGCCGCGACACCACAGCCUCCACGCUCUCAUCGCUUUUCUGGAUUUUGGCCCGGAGACCUGAUGUUGUCUCUCGUCUGAGAACAGAGGUGGAUGAGCUCAAUGGUCGACAGCCGACGUGGGAAGAGAUGAAGGAUAUGAAGUAUCUCAACCAUGUUCUGAAAGAGAUCUUGCGGCUGUACCCGUCUGUCGCAAACAUGUCGCGCGGCGCAGCACGGGAUACCACGCUCCCAGUUGGCGGCGGACCCGACGGCAAAUCACCCGUAUUCGUUCCGAAGGGAACACUCGUGCGGUGGUCUACCUUCGCCUUCCAAAGGAGAAAGGAUCUCUUUGGAGAGGAUGCAGACGAGUUCCGCCCUGAGCGCUGGGAGGAUCGCCGUCCAGGUUGGGACUACCUGCCGUUCUCUGGCGGUCCUAGGAUAUGUAUUGGCCAGCAGUUUGCGCUGACGCAGAUGAGCUACUUCGUCGUGAGGAUGUUGCAGACUUUCAAGUCAAUCGAGCCCAGGGACGAGAGACCUCUGGCGCAAACGGUUGGCAUCACCACCAAGUUGCCAUACGAUGUUCUUGUCGGGUUUACACCGGCGUGA